ACUCCCAACUCCACAAUGUAGACGUCAGAGAGCAUUGGCUGUUAUCUGCAUAAACUCUAGGCAUUGCAUCAAGAGAGUUAGCAAGAAACUCAGCCUUUUGAACUAAUCCAACUGCGACCGCUUAUCUUUUUAAUUCCCUGCUCUUCCAUUUCUCUGCGGCAUCUGAUCAAACAGCCUGUAUGGCUCAACCAAAUCCCCAACACUCGCAUGCCCAGUGAGCAAAGUCGCGAUUGAGGGCAAAAACGAACUGGGUAAGCUAUUGGGUGAAGCUAACGAUGAGCAGAAGAGGAUGGUAGGCAUGAGAUUGAAAAAAGGUUUGUGCUUUGCAUGGCUUUAAAAUCUCUUCUUCCUCGUUAGGAUUUUCGUCGCAGAGACAUAGAGCCUUCUGACCUGACGACAUGUCGUUUUGUCCUCUCCUUAAAACGGCAACUCUUAUUCACUGGUAUAAAUAUAUUAGAGAGACGCCGAAAACCGAAACACAAGAGAGAUAUAUGGCGGUGUGGUCAUAUCCACCGACGCCCAAGCAGCUGGUGGUGACGGCGUGCUGUUUCGUGACGGGGGUGGCGCUGUUCGCCGUCGGAGCUCAUCUUUCACUGGCCAACGUGGGCCCACAACAGGACCGGGUCAAGGCUCGCAGGAAUUUCGUCAAAGACCGACUAAGAAAGCUCCUGGAUGAUUAAUUGGUUUGAUGGCUUUCGAGCAUUGAAUUUUGUUCCUUUUUGUCUCACAGUCCUGAAGUAGACAG